AUCGCAAUCGUUCAUUCACAUUGUACACUAUAUGGCUUUUUGUCUUAAUUCAGUUUCAAAAGCAGGUCAGUCAUAUGCGGUCACAUCAUGGAGUAGCAUCCAAAUGAAAAGUUAUAAAAUUUAGAAGGGUGUACUUUACUUCGGCAAUUUUAUUACGUACUUGAAAAAGUGCGUACAUUUCACGAACUGGCAUUCGUUCGACGAGUAUCGUAAUAAGUACGUAGAGGCAAACCAGUUUUCUUUCGAUAUACCGAAUUUGCUCCGUACGUUACCCAUCCGUCCUUGUUUUUCUCAAGGAUGACGAACGCAACGAAGUUUUCGAACGAUUCGAAAAUUAAAGUAACAUUAAAAAAUAAUGACUUUAAAUUUGUUAAUUGCAAAAGUAUUGUACACACGUAUAUAUAUCAAUUUCAGAGAACAAUUGCUACAAUAAAUAAAAGGACAAGUAUGAUAAUGCAGAUCUCAUUUCAC